UGUUGAUUGUUUCGAUUCAGUCAAAUCUGAGCAGUCAAACCAGACAGUCAACGCAAUGCUAAAUUUUGUGUAAACAUUUGUAACAAUCUCUGAUAAAAUUGUAAAUAUUAUAUAAGGCUUGAUUUUUUCUCGUGAAAACAUGAUUUCAAAGCGAUUGGCAGUUUUUGAUUUCGAUCACACAAUCAGCGAACACAACACCGACAUCGUCGUUCGAGAUUUGCUGAAACCAGAAUUAAUCACCGCGGAGAUAAAAGAUGUGCUGCAUUCUGGGUGGAUUCCCUACAUGCAACGGAUCUUUGGAUUGUUGUACCAGAAUGGAUUCCGCCGGACGGACAUUCUUUCUGCGAUCGAAGCAAUACCUGAGGUGGAAGGAAUUAAGUAUUGUAUCCGAGAGUUGGCCAGGAGUGGUUUUCAUGUAAUAAUUAUAAGUGAUUCGAAUUCCGAGUUCAUUGAGACGUGGAACAAUUUCAACAGCAUUGACCAUUUCAUUCACACGGUAUUUACGAAUCCAGCUAACUUCAAUAGCGAGGGUCUGCUGGAGGUUCGCCCAUUCCACUAUCAAACAAAAUGCAACUUAAGUUCGAGAAAUCUCUGCAAAGGAAUGAUCAUGGAGAACUUUCUGAGCAGCCAGAGUGAUAAAGCCGACACAGAGUAUGAGAAAAUUUUCUACAUCGGAGAUGGCAAAAAUGAUGUUUGUCCCAUGCUACGGCUGAAAGAAAACGGAUUCGCCUGUCCACGGGAAGGAUAUGCUUGCUGUGAUGCACUUCAGUCGGCUAUAAACAAGGGUGGAGGAAAUUACGCGGCUCAAAUACUUAAGUGGAGUACCGGAAAACAACUUUUGAGUCUGAUUAGAGAGGAAUCAAAUGGUCCGUGAAAUUUGAAUCGGAUACGUAGUAUCGGUGCAACGUUGUAUCAGGGAUUGUCGUUUAUUUUGAUGCUGUACAUUCGCUAUUUUUGUAUUCAAUAGAACGUUUUUUGCAUAUCGAAUGUCGUUUUUUUUCACUAGUGUUAGCUGAGUAUCGCGAGCGAAACGCUCUUUGUUUUUGCGAAUUGGAUGUUGUGUGCGUUUUAAUUAUUUUGAAAAUGCAAUACAAUUCAUCUUGUUUUUUUGCGCAGCUUGUAUUUCGCACUCGACUUCCCGUUAGAUUGUGUGAUUCAUGAAAUUGAAAUGAAAUGAAAGUUUUUGUUUAUUUUUUUUUCAGCUUAUUUUGGCUUGAUUUCAGUUUGCGUUACAUUCCCGGUAACAACGGCGAACAGAGUAUAUUCUCUGACAAAGUUCAAUCAACCGUAUUAGUGUUCGACAUUGAUCACUUUUUUGAUAUUUUGAUUGCUAGACUAUAUUUUAGGGACAUUCUGGUCAAAUCAAAUUGAAACUUGACGUAAAACUGAUGAUGACCCCGAUUGUCCUCUAGGCUAGAAGUUGUCAUGCUGUGAGUUUGCGAGAGGAAGACGAGAACGCUGCUGAAAAAAAUAUUCAUCGCACAAUUGACAAAAGACUGUGAUGGUCCAAAGCAGUUUCUAGAAAUGCCAGCAACCUGAAAAGGAAUACUGUUUUAGGUUACCUGAAAACCUUACCUGACCGGAAUGCGAAUGACUGAACAGAUAUCGACUGGAAUAGAAGAGAGACAACGUUUCGAGCCAGUAAAAACCACAACGCCUCUAACUUGAGCACCACUUCAAAGACCCGCAUAACUAAGCCAACACUGCUCCAAGCUUGAAGCUUGCUAUUUAUUGGAAUUUUAGAAUGCAUAAUUUGUUUUAUCAAUCCCAGCUCGAAAAUGAUAACAACAUUAAAAACAAUUCUUUUCAA